AUGGGUCGAUAUUAUCGAACAAGAUCAACAUGUGAUAUAUUAGCUAUUGGAAUUAAAGGUGAUCUUAGUUCAUUUUGUGGUGCUAUUAAACGAUUUCAACGCCAUGGAAUACAAUC